CAAACAACUCCGGAAGAUCUAUCCUGUCAUGAUUGAUGCAUUUGAAGAAUAUAGGUUCAACAGAUAUCAACUCGACUGUCUUCUAUUUUUGUCUCCUGACUUGAACACUACAGCUAUCUGCCCUGCCUGUCCUCAGAGCAAUGGAACUCAAAUUAUAUACAUGGAUGGUGUAUUUGGACUAUGUCAGAAAAAGUCUGCUGGUGUUAGUGUUCGACCACCACUCUUCUCUGGUGUAUUCUUUGAGGAACAGCAAGCAGUAGAUGAGUUUGUUGCUGAUUAUGAUACAUUUGGCCAGAUAAUCGACAAGGGGUGUCAUGAGUUCCUCGCUGGAGACACUUUGCGCUCCAAAUCAAGGUACGCAGUUCUAGAUGAAACUGCCGUGUUUGGAAGCAUCUGUCGUCAUGAGUUUCCCCAGAGAUUUCUGAAUAUGAAGCAUGGAGAAAGACUAGCAUAUCCUGUGUACCUGCUAAAGAAGGCACACCAAAACAAGGGUGACAAGUGUCUGUUGUUACUGUAUGAUAUUGCCUGCUUACUCGAAACUCAUCUGAAGAAUCGUGGACAUCUUGACAUGUUAGAAAAGACAACAUUAGGAGUGCCAAUUUUUCAUGUCUAUGGGCAUUGUGCAUUCUGUCAGCUGACAUAUUCACCUAGAGUCCUAACUGGAUGCGGACUUACUGAUGGUGAAGCUAUGGAGAGACUGUGGUCAUAUCUAAGAAGAUUUGCUAAAUCCACCAAAGAAAUGCGACCAUCUCAUCGCAUUGAUGUCCUUACCUCAGCUCUAUUACAUUAUGCAUCAAGAAUGGUCAAUCGAUUGCUGCACGCCUUGCAAAGAAGAUAUCAUCAAGUACGAGUACGCUGAAACGAACAGUGAGCAGAUUUAAUGGUAUGCGUUAUGAUCAAUUUGAAGGAGUAGCAUACCAUCUGCCAGCCAAUUUGAAUUGGGAGACAGUUUCCAAUUUGGAAGAAUUGU